UGAGCAGGGUUUAUUAUGAGAGAGAGAGAGGCUCUUGUCAGACGAUUUCGAUCCCGACACUGGCCUACGUUUCAAUCGAAAAAUCUCACAACUCUCUGAAAUUCGACAAACAGUUGAACAACAUCACUCGACCUCUUUCUCUCUUUCUCCAGAUCAAAUUGAUUCUUCUGCGAGGGAGUAUAAAAUGGAUACUGAGCGAAACACUCCCAUUUUCGCUUCUGAAUAACAUCUUUGUGAAGAUGGAGAGUGUUGAAGGAAAUGGUGCUGUUGCCGAGUCUGGUUCUCACUCGGUGGGCGAAGAAGGGAAAGAAUUGAACAACUGUGAAGCGGGUUUCUGACUGACAUGGAUAAAGCUCAAAAUAGCUUGGAAAAGAAAGGUGAUGGAACCAAAAGAGCCUACUCAAGGGAGGAGGUGGAGGCCCUGAGGUUUGUAAAUCUAGAAUCACAGCAGAAAAAGUGGAUUGAGAUAUACUGUGGGCUUGCCCCCAUUGUGGCGGGGGAAUAUGACGGUCUGAUUGCUUGUAAUCAUCAGCAGCACAUCCAAAUUAACUUUGAUCCGCGGAAACAAUUCGGAAAGAAGAAAAAGACCCCUGCAGUUCUUGGUGAAGAUUGUUUUCAAGUCAUGAAUAAUGAAACUGAGAACAUGAUCCCCUUGGAUCCUUCUUGUGGUGAAGACUACUCAAUUUUAGAGGGAGAAUGCAGUGAGGAAGAUGACAGUGAUGACGAUUACAGUAGCAUUCAAAGACCUGCCUUUUUGGUUACAGGAAAACCCAAUUUUAAUUCUGGACCUCCACAAGAUGGGUUGGAAUAUCUUAGGCGCGUAAGGUGGGAGGCAGCACAAAUUCCCAAAGUGAAGGUUUCCAAGCUUGAAACAAGCAAAUUGAGCAAAGAACAGACUGUUUAUAUGCCUAAGAUACCUGAUAUUGCAAAGUGCCCGGAGCACUUGUUGCCGCUGAAACAGUGGGAGGAUGCAUUCAUUGCUGAUUUUUCCGAGCUAAGGCUGAUGUCUCGCCCAAGGCCUCCCUCCACGGCUUUGGUUCCAUCUACUCAACCAUUUAUUCCUCCUCCUUUGGAGUUAGUAGGCCAGUAUCGUCAACCUAUUGAAAUGAUUAACCGUUACCAAGUUUUUGGUAACAUUUCACGACCUAAUUACUCAUCUGCUUUGGCUACAAACCCUUUUGCUUCUUCCAGCCAAGCAGUCUCAGUUACUCCAUUCCCUACUAACCCAGUCAGGUCAUCUCGAUCUGAUUAUACCAAAUCACACACCACUAAUCUGUUCUACAAAGAACCUAGUCACCCCAAAGGCCAAGUUAUCCAUGAAAUUGCUAAAUCCUAUUUUGGCUCUGGAUGCCAUUUCAUUCUUUCACACCCAGAGAAAACACUCACCUAUUAUAAGGAUAUUUUGAUCCAUCACCAAUCGGUUUUGAUCAAACCCAUUUAUGAUCGAACCUAUGCUAGUAAGAUUCUGUAUCAUUCUAUUUACAUUCAUAACAUUGUUUCCUUAGCUGAAUGGGGUCCUCCUUAUCAGCUUCGUGAUUUACCUGGUCAUUUUGUUCAAUACAAUUACCAUGAUUACGUUGAUGCUUGGUUCAAGAUCUUCUUGUACCAAAAUGAAACUUUCAGUCACUCUUGGUUCAUUUCUUUUGAUAAAAAAUUCAAGUCAGAAUUACCUUCCUGGUUUCUGCGAUGGUGGACUCAUUAUGGAGCCAUCUUAGAUAUCCUCCCUGGUAAUCUUAUUGAAUUAAUUAAUUAUUUUGCCUCUGUUUACCCAUUCACUGCUCAUCAGAGAACAUUUCCAUUUCUAUUAAUUUUUAUAUCCAAAUACAAAAUCCCUUGGAUAUUUAAAUGGCAUUAUGGAAUUGAAGAUAAUAUAAUCAUCCGCCAACACUCAAUCAAAUGGUGGGUUAAAUUCAAUGUGCCCCGCAUAUUUGAAAUUGUUUAUAAAGAAUUCCCCAUUGAUCACUGUGCUCCUACUCCUGCAAUUGCUAAAGCCCAGCAGAACCCAACUGCUGCAAUCAACCAAGGAAGUCAACCCAACCUUCCUCCAAUCAACCUUGGAAGCCCCUCAUCUAGUGGUUCCAAGCCCAUUUCAUCUAAGUCCAAGAUUCAACCCAUAACAGAUAAACCUUGGAAGCCCCUCAUCUAGUGGUUCCAAGCCCAUUUCAUCUAAGUCCAAGAUUCAACCCACAACAUAUAAAUCAAAGUCCAAGGCUAAGUCCAAAGCCUCUGCAGUGUCGGCUCAGCCCAAGACUCAAUCAAAGCCCAAAUCCAAAUCCAAAUCCAAAUCCAAGGCUCAGUCAAAGCCCAUUUCACCUCCUGCUCAGUCCAAAGUCAAAUCCAAAAGCAAGUCCAAAUUAUCCAAAGAUGAAAUGCUCCAGUUAUUCCAAAAAAUCAUGGAUCAAGGUAAAGCCCAGUCAACCAGUUCAGAAAAUUCAGAAGACAGUUCAAACCAGUCACAAUCCUCUUAAGGAUCAACUACUCAACCCAUCUCUUAUGGAAGACCUGAAUUCCAAUAUGGUCAAGACCCAUAUGCCUAAUCAACAUAGGAUUCCCUAUAAAUACAAAUUAGCUUCAGUCAAUACUCUUUUGAGAAAAGCUGCUAAUUUGUAUUUAUAUUGAUUCUUUUAUUCACAUGUUCCACUGAAAGUGAUGAACAGUAAAAGUAAACAGUAACUUUUACUAUUCACCCAAUCAACUUUUGUUAAAGCUGCUCAAACUAGUCAAUCAAUUAACCGAAAGCAACCGACAGCUCUGCCCAGUCUCCGAUGCUGCCAGCUGCCUUUGAUCAAUCAACCCAUUCACAAGUUGCAUAGUUAAUUUUCUUUUCUAUAUAUUGUAAUCAAUUGUAGUCAUUCAGGCAUUCUUCAAUUUUCUUUGCUUUCCACUAUUGUAAGAAAAAACCAGGCUGUGCUGAGUGCAAUUUACCUCUUCCCGUUGUAAACCCAAUUAAGAUCCUUGCAAUUGCUACAAUUGUAAUUGUAAGUUAUUUUCUGUAUUUUAAUUAAAAGUUUUAUAAAAUUUUAUGUUAAAAUUUUAGUCAUUUUAAUUAGUGCA